CAUUAACAGGAAAGAGAACAAAGUUGUUCUGGAAAAGAUAAUUGAAACUUUUGAAAACUAUUUCCCGGUCUGGAGAGAAUGGAUGAGAGGACACGUGAGAGGAUUGCGAGAGAUUGCAGACGACAUCGUCAAUUAUCCCAAACAAGACCCCACAGUGAAUAUUACUGUGUGUAGUAGAGUGCAACUCUCCAUUACAGCAAUAAUUAUUGCCCCUUUCUCACUGAGCACGAGGUUGGUGCUUGUGGCCCUGGGAGGCAGGAAGGGUGUAGCUGAGGAUGAUGUGACUAGACACAUGGGUGUGGCACAGACAGACAAACUGAAAAGAGUUCAUAGAAUCAUAGAACGUUAUAAAAAGGACAGCAGAGAAAUGUCAGGUCUAUUGAUGAAGCUCUACAGUGCGAAACUGUUCUUUAAUGAUGAAAUAUUAAGAGAAGGUGCAUUGAGUCUUGUCUUUGAGAUAUUCCCCAAGCACUGGCGUGCUUUUCCCACAGUUAUCUCAGCAGCGACCAAACUGAUGAUAGUAAUGUUCAGGGCUGCGACAGGAGGGCUGUCAGGACUCUGUAAUGUCUACUCUGGAGCAAACAAUUUCUCUCCCUUUAACCUUAACAAGACAGGAGUUGCUAAGCAGAUACGAGAAGCGGCUGAUAUGAUGGAGGAUGAGAUACGAGCAUGUGAAGAGGUUUAUAAACGUUUUCAAAAGAAAAAUUAAAUCAGUAUAAUAAUCCUUGCAUUU